UAUUUUAGUAUAAAAAAUAUACAGCUGGGCCUGGUGAAACCUUUUGCCUCCUCCACAUGAGGUCCCAAAAUCGAACCUAACCAGCAUCCAAAAAACAUCCCCACUUUUACAAAGCUUUCAAAAAAAAAAAAAGCUUUCAUAAAAACAAAGGAAAUUGUGAAGAAAAUAAAAAAUUGGGGUUUACUGGUUCAAUCGAUUUUUAGCGAUUUAACGGUUUUUUCUAUUUUUGAUCGGUUUAAUUGAAGUCUUCGGUUUUGGUAUACAAUCAAAUCGGUGUCAAGAUAGAAUCGCUAUUCAACCGGUCGAACCGACCUGUCUGAUUCGAUUUUAAAACACUAACUUUUUUGUAUGAUUUUUUUUUUUGAAAAUUUCACCACAACCAUCUUUUUUCACAUUCGUACUCCUAGCGAGAGAGUCCAACUUGAAAUUGAAAAAAAAGGCAAUUUAAAUGACUUAAGUUGUUCAUUUCUUUGUUGUAUUUCUGCUAAGUAGCGCACACUCUGCAUUAAUGUGUACAUAAAAUGACGCUUACAAAAUUUAAUCCACUGUUUUUUUUUUAAAAAAAAAAUACACAAAGAUCGGAAAUCCCCCUUCCCCCCCCCCCGGGGUCCCCCCAACAAAUACAUAAAAAAAAGAAAAUUACUUUGGAACCACGAAGCCAAAGCCUCAAAGUUCGGUAGUUUCUGCAUUCUUGCGGGGGUUUGAGGCUUGACAACCAUAAUGGAAGGCCAAUCUGCGAAAGAGCCACAAUCAGUCUUCGACUUCACUAUCAAGGAUGCUAAAGGAAAUGAUGUGGAUCUGAGCAUCUACAAGGGAAGGGUUCUACUAAUUGUCAAUGUUGCUUCAAAAUGUGGGAUGACCAAUUCAAACUACAUUGAGCUCAAUCAACUGUAUCAGAAAUACAAGGAGCUCGGGCUGGAGAUACUUGCAUUUCCAUGCAAUCAGUUUGGUGAAGAAGAACCAGGAAGUAAUGAUCAGAUCUUAGACUUUGUCUGUACCCGUUUCCAGUCAGAAUUCCCAAUCUUUGACAAAAUUGAAGUGAAUGGUGAAGGUGCUGCUCCACUUUAUAAGUUUCUGAAGAAAGGCCAGUGGGGGAUAUUAGGAGACGAUGUUCAGUGGAAUUUUGCAAAGUUCCUGGUGGAUAAGAAUGGGCAGGCUGUAGAUCGCUACUAUCCCACAACGUCCCCACUAACUAUCGAGCGAGAUAUAAAGAAGCUAUUCGGUGUCCUGUAGUUUCCACAAGAUACAAGGGUUUCUAAGGUCAGUCACUUUGCAACGACUGCUCCUGUAUUGCUUCUAACAUAUCACUGUAUCAUGCUAUGGUGCAGAAACUGUAAGGCCCUACAGACGGAUGAAUGUUGUAUUCCAUAGUGUGUAAAAAUUAUAGUUUAGCCAUCUAUUUAGCAUAGCUUAAAACUCAUUUCCAAAUCAAACCAAAUUGAACUUUUAUUCUCAUGUUUCAUUUUUCACUCGUGCGCAAGAGGUUCUGUAUGUAUCAUGGUGCAAUAAGUUGCAGAGGAGCUGGAGUUUAUAUGAUACACGAGUCUGAUGCCUUUAUUGUUAAACUUUACCUCUAGCUUGGCUUAGUGCAACCAUCAGCAGAAGACCAACAUGAGAUUUCAGGAAGGAUGGGGGCAUUUACGGUAAGUGUAAUCCAGUGUUGUUGAAAUGUUUCAUAGGAUGCAUAACAAAAGCAGGCUGCAAAGCUUAACUUGACCAGAGUCACCAGACAAGGCAACUCGGGAUAAAAUUGCUCAUGAUAUGAGCUGUAGUUGCUUGGAAGCUACCAGUUUUAUGUAACUCUUCUUCGGUCCCUUUAUAUUGCUUGCUUUCAGUCACUAAUCUUAUGCUAGAGCUUAAAAGUAUCAGUUGCCA